UCAGAAGGUCGACCGUCGAUUUUGGCACUGGUGUCGCCGAGGUACAUUCUUCCCACUCCGGCGAUCGUGACGACGGCCAAAGCACAACCCAGAAGGACUAGGAUGAUGAUUAACCAAGGUUGUAGUUGACCCAUAGUUUGUGAUAGAACGUGUUGAUGGUCGGCGGAGAAAUGCUAUUGUUCUGGACUUGGGAAGUGAAAAUACGCUCGGCAUGACAGAUGGGCAGUCGCAGCUGUUUAAGAGAUGCAGCCUCUUCCUGGAUACCAAGACCUCUUUCCCAUCCUUCCUUCCUUCCAUCAUGCACCUCGUUUGCAAAUACGAGCCGCUUUCAUCUCAGCUAUCGCAGAAACUCCAGAUAUACAUGCACCAAGCAUCAGGCAACAUGUGAUGCGCAGUCAAAACCAAGCCCCGUUUGUGCUGUACACACUAUCUUCUUACCCCUUUGCUGGGCAUUCCAUAUGCGAUCUUUCUCGCUAUUGGUGGGAUUUAUCGAAACAGCCAAUGGGAUUGCAUGCCCUCCCCCAAGAGAGAGAAUUCUUUCCACGGAUAACUGUUUCAAAACAUUCGCGCACCUGCAUGAUGGCGCUGCUGUUUUGGAGCACUUGGCAGGCACGAAACGUCCUGCUUUUUUGCUCCCUGGAAGACCGCCCACGCGCGUCCGCUUGGCUUGGCGGAAGUUGUUUACGGCCAACAUUCCUACGUCCCUUGUUAUAUUGAUUAGGGAGAUAAACGUCUACUCGUGGGAUUUCCGGGGGCUGUGCAAAAGAAGGGAAGGAACGAACGCAGCUAUUUUCGUACGUAGCCCUUGAUACGGACGUAGAAAACAAACACAAGUCGGGUAAAACAAGAUUGAAGUGAUGAACAUUGUCCUGUUUAAUCGGGUGACCGGUCUUGGUAUGCAAGAAGUGGUUGUUAUUGUCGUUUUCGUCCUCGUAUGUGAGCGC